CAACCACCAUUUUCUCCAGGGAGAGAUCUUCUCCACUCUCUCUCUCUCUCCCUCUCUCUCUCUCUCACACACACACACCUUAAAAUGCCUCAAGUUGAUCUAGAAAUACUAGUUCCGGUUUGCGGAGGCGGCGACAUCGACGGCAAAAUUGCCUGCGAGACUCUCACCGACGAGACGACGGAACACACUGAACAUCCCGCCGACGUUCCUCCAGAUUUCCCGCCAGAAUCAUACUGUCUCUCCAAAGACGCCGAACUAGACUGGUUCGAUCGAAACGCUUUCUAUGAGCGAAAGGAAUCAACCAAAGGAAACUCGAAUAAUUCGACAAACUUGAAUUCGAAUGCGAGUCCGAGUUCUAAUUCGAAUUCUCAGGGAUUUCCGCUGAAUCUGAAGUCAAAGGCUUCCUUUCUUGCAUUGCCGAAAACUCCAAAGGCUACUUAUGUGGAUGCCAAGAGGAGGACCAGCAAACAGGCGAAUAUCAGACUGUUUCCAAAACAGUCUGAGUCAAUUGGAAAAUCGGCUGUUUCGGUGACUGAACCGUCGUCUCCGAAGGUUUCUUGCAUGGGAAGAGUGAGAUCAAAGAGAGGUCUCCGGAGGUCAUCAGAAUCGACGAAAAAGGACGAAGAACCGGCUGAACAAUCAACAAUCGGUAAUGAUCGUCGGAAAACUGGUUUUUGCUCACGUUUAAUUGCAAUUUUCAGGCCCAAAAGGCGCAGAGAAACAGCGAUCCAACCGGGAUUCGAAACCAAGGAGCAAACGGUUGAAUCGCCGUCGAGAAGGAGCGUCACCGUGAAAGCGAGUAUUGAACCGGUGGCAGAACCUCCCGGUUUGGGGGGGAUGGCACGGUUCUCGUCUGGUCGGAGAUCGGAAUCAUGGAACCGAGGCCAUUGACGUGGCAAUGUCCUAUUCCACGUGACUUUCGGAGAAGAGGACUAGUGGGCCAGCGGAGGAAGUUGAUUACAGGGGUGUCCCGUCGAAUAAUGAGUCCCGCCCUUUCUGUUCAAGGUAAAGCGACAGUUUUUACAGUUAUUUUUAGGCCUUAGAAAACUAGUAUGAUUUGUGGGACUUCUUACAUCUUAAUCAAGUAGUUAAUGUAAAUAUGCGAGUGUUUUUUUGGAAUGAGCAUGUUCAAAUAUUUCUCAUCAUUUUCUGUUUUUAGUGAAAAUAAUUACACUUCUUUU